AUGAUGAUGAUUUCUGAAGUGGCACCAGCAAGAUAUUUAUUGUUAUUUUGCUUCAUUUACCCGCUUUUUUACUGGAAAGCCGAUGCAGAAAAUGUUCCGGGGAAUCAAGGCGGGUUAUCAGAUGAAGAUACUUCGCAGUUCCAUGACAAAAUGGCUAACGAACGAAAGUGAGUACAACGCUAAAAUAGAGCUAAAAAAUAAUAAUAUUUUCUUCCAGUUGUGAUUGACAAGAUAAUGUAAGCUGCUAUGACUUGGCCAUGCCUCUGAACUGUGGGUUAAAUGUGGGCUUUUAUUACAACAUUGCUUUCGUUUUAGGUACUCUUGGCUAAAUAUAAGCUGAAAGUGUAACUAGAUGUAUUAUUUCAGUGUCCGAGCGUCCUUAAAUCUAGGCUGCGCGUGAAUUUAAGCUUACAUGUAAUGUAGCGCCUCAAAGAGUUUGACUUCACUUGUUAAUUCUUGUUUUUAAAGUUUGCAGUUGUAUGCAAUUCACGAAUUCAGGAUGUAAUCUGCUUGUACCCCUCAUGCAGAUAACAUCAUAAAUUCAUCCGUCCCUAGAAUACCCCAUUGUAAUGAAAGCACAAUAUUUAUUCUUGGUUUUCAGAAGUGAAUACCCAUUUUCAUUUGUAAAGAAUAAUUUGCUAUAAAACCAUACCCAUGUCUGCAAAACCUUUUAAUAACGUUCUAUAGGUAUAACUGCAGGUUUAACAAUUUCAAUUUGCUUGCUUGCUUUCAAGCAAAAUAAAGAGUCUGAUUUUCCUAAAAUGCCUUUUCUGAGGCAAAAUAUCUGUUGCCAGGGCUCCAACUCAUUCAUGGAGAAAUUCCCUUUGAAAAUGGUAUAUGGAUACCCCACCUGUUGCUGGAGGGAAAAUAAGCGGGGUAUUUUUCUGCACAGUUAAAAUGAGCCCCUGAAAGUGGCAAUUUUUCAGCUUCCAGGCGAAGAGAAAUUGGCUACCUACUACAAACUGUAGGUUAAGUGAUAUAUUUAAAAAAAAUCGUACAAGUUUAGGCCUUUAAUUCUGCCUGUUACACUGUAUUGGCCAUUGCAGAAAUCACCAUAAUAUUUUUCAAACUGCUGUUUGACUAGCACUUCAUGUAGACCUCACUUUUGCAUUAUCUCUUUCAUUUUUUACAAACUACACACACUAUAGCUGAUUUCCAAGAAUACUAUAGUGCACGUAGAUCUACAAGGUACAUGUUUAAAGCACAGGGUACAACUUUGCCUGAGCAUAAUUAUUCUGGCUUUUCCCUGUAGAACAGCAGAAUGGAAAUCAGAAUAGAAUUAGCAGUAGGGGGCUUGCACCACAGUGUUGACCAUCAAAAUCCUGAACACAAAAGAUGCAGGUAUUAAUAAAAAUACACUUUAGCAUGCGUGUGCAUACAGUCAAGCUGAUGUACUGCACAUGCAAAUCAUGCAAAGAGAUAAUGCAAUAGUCAGGUUUACCUGGAGCACUAGCCAAUGGGAAGUUUCAAAACUAUUAUCAAUGGUAUUUUCUACAGUGGCCAUUCUGGUUAUCUUGCCAUUUUACAGCAAAACAUUUUGACUUGGUUGAUAUUUUGCUGGUCUUAAUUAAGUCUGUAGCUGCUGCUCUUCUAGCCCCAAUCCAUGAAAAAUUAGGACUAGAAGACAAAGAAAAUUGAGAAUCAACCUACACUGUAAGUUAAAAAAUUUUAACCUGAAUUUCAUUAUGACCUGUAACAUAUGCACUACAUACUCUCUACAUGUGCUACAUGGUUGUUCAUGUACAUAUGGCUACUUUGAGAAUGUUGGUUUAUAUUUUAGUCAAGCAGUGCACAGACCUCUGGCCAAGCUUGAUAAAUAUUAUCUAAGCCUGCCUUCCAUUUGUUUUUUCAGACAUCUUCUUGCUCACUUGGCAGAUAGAAUGGACUUAGAUGGAGAAGGGCUGAGGUAAGGUUUUGUUUUGUUUUCAAUUAUUUAUUUACUGAUCCCUCAAGGCUCAUGCCCUUACUGCACAUCCGAACAAUGAAGUUCAAAAGCUCCGUUCCUAAUUUUGUUUUUCGCUGCUGUCAAUCAUAAUUAUGAACAAACCUUAUAACACAGAAACACACAAAACAGACAGAAAUCCACCAAUCACAAAUCACAAACCAUGGCCUUUUGAACUCAUUGAAGUAAACUUCUGUUUCCUGAGAGGUCCGCUAAGAUGAUUGAUGGCAGCAAAGAAUGCAAAAGUGAGUUGGCUUUUGAACUUCAGAAUUCGCAUGUUUUUGAAAAGCACAGUAAACUCACGAAUAAUAGAACAUUCAAAGAACAAGUGCAUACUUAAAAUUGUCUGUUACAUUUUAAGGACCCCUUAUGAUAUGGAUCACUGUGAUUGAACUCAAAAUAAUUGUUAUAAUUAUGUACUAUUACAAAGAAUGUUUAUUGUGUACAGCUCUACAGCAGGAAACUUUUAAGCCUGCUGGUGUUGUAUUUAUUUAUUAUUACGCUUUCUACUCUUAGAUAAUCUAGAAGAUUUGAAGACAACUGUUUUAAUACCUUUGUUUUGUUUUCUUUCCUUUUGUUUUCUUCCAUAAUUGGUUUCACAAUGUGCAACUAUGUGAGCUUCUUUGUUUGAAUUCAUAGUAACUACCAGUACAACAAUAUGUAUAUUGUGACAUGACAAUAGUACCAUGAAAUGCAUCUUAGUCUUAUUUCACAAAAAUUUGGAAGUUUGUAUUUCGGAGGAUCAGGAGAAUUGUAGUUGCAAUGUAGGUAAAGUUAAAGGUUCUCAAGAUGACAACUGCGAACAAGUUACAGUAUUAGGUUUAAGGUUUAGUAAUCCUUUACCAUCCAUUUCAGGAGUCUGAGUUUUUUAAGCAUCCAAGUUUUAGAGACAUGCACCCAGGGCCCUGAGAUUUUCAGAAUUCUAAGGUCUUUUUGUAUUUUACAGACAUAUCCAGAGACAUUUUGGCCAACAAGCAGGAGACGCUAAACAAGACCUAAAGGAUGUUGCUAAUGGUGACAAUACCAAAGGUGGUGUACUCGAUGAAACAAAUGAUAAAUGCUCACAAUAAGUUCUUGCAGCAAUAAAAACACAACUUUUAAUGUUAUUGAACAGGCAACACUCAACUCCAUUCACUCCAGGGGACCAGCAGAAGUCCACAUCUGACGUAAAACUUUUAAAAGAAUGUAGACUACAUGACUGUAGUAUUAAUGUUAAAAUUUUACCUUGCCAUUACAUUAUAAUGGAGUGCUAAGAAUGCUAGAAAAACCCAAAUGUCUUUGAUGCUAGGAAACAUUUUUCCUUUAAAAUAUAAAAUGUGAAAAUCAAAUGUACCUAACCCAGAUGCCAAGGUAUAAAUAUAUCUCUUGAUUGUGAAAUUUUAAUCCUAUUGGCCCCUUUGGGUUGUUUAUACUGUCUUGUUCUCUUUUUUUAGCCUGCAGAUCAGGCCCUUCUUGCACAUCUGCUUCACACCAGCCUUUGUUCACCUGAAAAAUGUGAACCUUAAUAAUGCCUGUUGUGCAAUUUAUGUUUUUUUUUCUCAUGCUGUGAUGUAGAGGAGAGAGACUGAAGAGGCCUACAUUAUAAGGCAAAACAAUCAGGCAGAUUUCCAUGUUAAUAUUUUUAUUUUCUUAACAGGUAUAUUUUAUUUCUUCAAGUUCCAUGAUUAUGAUGAUAACCAGAAGCUUGAUGGCUUAGAAUGGAUGCAGGCCCUAACAGAUUUUCAUGAAGAGGAUGACAACAAGGAUGAGUUCAAAGAAGGGGGGAAAAUGUUCCUUGAACAUGAAGCUGAGGCAAUUGUGGAUGAACUUUUAAGUAAACAUGACAAAAAUGAUGAUGGCAUGAUUGACUUUAUUGAGCUGAUGAACCAGAAUGUGAAUUCAUUUAUGACAGAGUUGGACAAACCUGCUCCAGAGGAUGCAGGACCUGAGAAUAAUGAACAACAGCAGCAAAAUGAGGAGACACAGUCAUCACUCGAGCAGGAAUUCAAUAAACUUCAACAGGCUCAACAAGGUCAAAAUCAAGGACAACAGGAAGACCAACAGCAACAGCCACACCAAGAACAAAAGCAUGAUCAGGACAACCAAGAAAAGGAGCAACAAACACAGGAAGAUCAACAGCAAAAGGAAAAUAAUCAACAAGAAUCACUUUCAGAAGAAACACAAGGUGAACAGGAGGUAAACCAAGAGCAACAAGAGAAUGAACCGAAAAAUGAGCCGAGCUCUUUAGAAGAAGAAUACAAUCGUCAACAAGAACAAUCGUAA